UGUAGGACAUCGGACGGAUCGAAAACAAAAAAGAAAAUCUAUCAAUACUACCUACAUCAUAAAACACUGUAAAUGGAUAUUUCACGCGAUUUCGUUGUUUUUACUUUACUAUUGUCGUACAUUUUUGUUAAACAUAGUUAUACGUACACACAUAUUUGGAAUUCAAAAGUUGCAGGCACUGACCAUAAAUGGUACGACAUAUAUUAUGAUGUAAUAACAAGUAAAAAGAUACCGAUAGUUCAACGGCUGGGAGAUCAACAAAAUGAAUCAAGUAUUACACGAUUUGGAAGUAUACCAUGUUCAUGCCAAGAUUUGACGUGCGGUUGUUGUGCACAGUUCAACAUACGAUUUUUCGAUUACAAUAAAAAAGGAUGUAUGAAUUUCACAUACGAUCCUCUUGACUUUGCAAUCACGGGCAACAUGUUUAUGGACGAAGAGUCACUGUACGAGUACAAAAUAUCCGCUAAAAAUCCACCGCCGGCAUGUCUGCGAGUUCCUGUGCCAUACUUACCGUCGGUAGACAUGUGCAUGAAAAUGUUCGAUAUUUAUACACCCGGCAGAAACUUGCAUGCGUGUGUCAAUUUCCUCACGCGCAUUGAACACGCCGAAGUGCUCGUGUUAGAAUUUGAUUGUUUUGUGAUUGGUCGUGACGGCGUGAAUCUAGAAAAAUAUAAUACGACCUCAUCCACAAUUACCACCUCCACUUCUGCCGCAGCUGAUGCUACUAUCACGACAGUACAGACGUACGAUACGACGGCGCCCGACCUGGACAUCACUGUCACGGAAUUGAAUGCACACUAAUUACGGUAAACGCGAGGAGCAAAAAUAAAACAACAAUUGUAUAAUAUUGUUCUGCAAUUUAUUUGGUUUUAUUUGCACACACUAACAAAAACGCAAUCGGUAUAAUGUUAUUAUGAGCU